AUCCACCAUCCUCAAUAUUCUGGUCUUUUUGGCGAAACGGCUUAAAAAAUCCCAUCAAUAUCUCAUUAUAUGAUCUAGGAAAGUGGUAAAUAGCUAGCUGGCGCGAUCACAUGGAGCGAGGUACCGUCCCUCACCGCCUGAUACCUAACCCCACCUGAUACCUGAUUUUUCUUCAAAACGCGAAAAAUCGCGAAUCUUUCAAACCGCGAUAAAUCAACCAAUAUAGCUUCAUAUGAGCUCGCACUUGUAGCAUUACGCUCCUUGGAGCCAGGAGAAAAGCCUAACGCUCAAAAGAAGACCAAUACAACAAGCAACGAUUACUGAACAACGCGCAAUCAAGAGCGCUUAUAAAAUGGAUAAAUCAACUCAUCGAGUGAGGCCUACCAUCUAAGGAUUCAAUGCUCGUCAACUUUGCAAGACAAAUAUCUGGUAAAGAGCCUGGGAAAAACUGGGCUUCACGCUGGAUAAAGGCUCAUUCGGAUAAAAUGAUCUCUCGCUAUUCUUCAAGCCUCGAUUCGGAUAUGAAAAAGGCAGAUGCUUUUUUACAGCCUCGGAGUCAGGAUGGACCAAUAAUGAGCUCGGAUAUCGCUGGUUGGUGAAUGUUUUUGAUAAAGAGACAACAUCCCAAGCAAGCCGGGGAUGGCGCCUUCUUAUCCUCGAUAGGCAUGGAUCCCACGUUACAAUGAAGUUUAUUGAACAUUGUGAUUCGAAUAGGAUAUUAUUGGCAAUAUUUCCGACACAUGCAUCGCAUACUUUACAGCCUCUUGAUGUCGCUAUUUUCUCGCCUCUUUCUAACGCUUAUACAAAGCAAUUGGACGAUUUUAUAAACGAUAGUCAAGUAUUUACUCGGCUCACCAAACGUGACUUUUUUCGGCUUUUUCGGGCUAGUUGGAAUGAGGUUUUUACAAGCAAGAAUAUCAACUCAGCGUUCAAGCACACCGGUCUAUAUUCUUUCAAUCCGGAGAUUGUUAUACAAAAAUUUAGCAAGAAAAUCGCGAGUCGGCCAUUGUCAAGUUUACCUUCAGAACAAGAUGGUGGAGCACUUUUUAUGAUCCCUACAAAAGUUCAGCAAGCUCGUGGUAUUAUUUCUCAAAAAAAUGACGAAGCCGUGCAGGAGCAGGCUCGUAAAGAUGAUAAAAAGCUUCGACAACAACUAGCAAAGCAAGCUAAAGAGGCUGAAAAGAUUGAAAGAGCUCGAAUCCAGCAAGAAAAACGUGAACAGCGCGAGCAAGAGGCUGCGGAAAAGCAACGCCUUAAGAACGAGCAAGAACUAGCUAAGCUCGCUUAUUUACAGGUUCAAAAAGACGUUAUAUCAACUCCCAAGGCCUCAAAACGGCCAACAAAAGCAAGUUUCCAUGCAAGCGCAGCCAAAAGCGCAUCCUGA